AGGAGAGGGUUGCCGCCCCAGUCACUGUUAUCUCGGCGCGAUGGGCGGGAUUGGAGGCGGCGCCUGGCUGGCAGGGGGCAGUGGGAGCGGGGGCGGCGACUCACUCAGCCUCAGUCGCAUUUCACGGCUUGGAUUGCUUGCUCCUGCGGCACUCCUACUCCGAACAUCUUUGCUUAAACAACACAGCACGCGAUGCUAAUUUUGGCUCUCUUAUCACUACAUCGCUUCCUUAUCUCAUCUAUUUUUCCCUAUCUGAUGGGAUGUCUCCAAACUAGAGUUCAAUUUUAAUCAAUCCUUAAGUUUAAGUGAAAUAGUUUUUCGCGCCAUAGUUUUGAGCGGGUGAAAUUGUUGUGAACUGUCGCUAACAGACAUGGAAGUGACUUUGCCGACUCCGCUGGACUUCAGUCUCUCGAUGAAAGGACGCACGUCGCCUUCCAUGGGUGGACUUCUGACUGCCGGCCCUUCUGUCUCCACAAGCGCUUUUCGUGUUGUCACGCCUAAAGGAAAACAUGACGCAGGAGAUGGUGAACCAAGACAAAUGGGACCUUUCUGUGGUAGGUUAUGGGGUGCAUUGCCUCUCAGGUCGGGUGACUUUCUUCCGAUGCUACCCACCAUGUAUCAGCCACCCACCAGUCUUGCAAAUAAAUCCCCAUCGGAAGGAAUAAAGUUCGGCGUGGACCGACUGGUGGACAGACCGUCGUCGGAGGGGGAGUGUGACGAUGACGACGAGGAUGAUGACGACGCCAGAGGACGUGGCGCUCGCAAUGACGUCACCACCAUGACAGAAGGCGGCAACUGGCACGAUGACGAGGCUGGCUCGGCCGGGGGCCGUGGAGGCAGUAGCUCGCCUGGGGGCCAUGGGGGCAGCAGCUCACCCGAGCUGGAGGUGGACAGUCCGCCUCCGCAGCCGCCUCCACCCCCCAUAGCAAAGAACUCGCAGGCGUUCUCGGUCAGCGCUCUCCUCAGGCCCGACUUGCCACGACAAAGGCGGCGACCCACAUUCACCGAAACUGUCUCUGUUACAAGAUCGCUGCUCUACCCAGGCGGGCUGCCAUUUUCGGAGCUGCUGCUGAAGGAUUCACCCCCAGUACCCCACCACCUGCUGCGGCCGCAUCACUUCGGGGGGGUGGCGGGCGGACUGCCGCUGCAUGGAUGCCCCGACCUGGUCGACGCCAAUCGCAACCUGCUCAGCGGGUCGCUCUACCUCAGUCUGGGUGCUGCAGCCGCCGCCGCUGCCAUCAACGCUGUCUCCACGCCUCCUCACGGUGCGAACGGCGCAGGUAGCGGUGGCUUGCUAUCAGCUGCAGCGGCACCGACAGCCGAAGAGCUGUUCCGACUGCGACAGCACUUGCUGCAAGUGGGCCCACUCGACGCCCACCCCCAUCACCUGCACCUGCACCAGCACCAGCUGCUCAUGAGAGGCGGCGCUGUGGGUGGCGUGAGUGCGGGGACGGCAGGCGUCGGGGGCGGUGACGCCUUCAGCUGCAUCAAGUGCGACAAGAUGUUUCCGACGCCUCACGGCCUCGAGGUGCACGCUCGGCGCUCGCACAACGGCAAGCGGCCCUUCGCCUGCGAGCUCUGCAACAAGACGUUUGGCGCCGAAGUCAGUCUCAGCCAGCAUAGGUGGUUGUGUUGUCGCAGGUCGGUGCACAGCGUGGAGAAGGUGUUCGAGUGCAAGCAGUGUGGCAAGACGUUCAAGCGCUCGUCGACGCUGUCCACUCACCUGCUCAUCCACUCGGACACACGGCCUUACCCCUGCCAGUUCUGCGGCAAGCGCUUCCACCAAAAGUCCGACAUGAAGAAGCACACCUACAUUCACACUGGGGAGAAACCUCACAAAUGUCAGGUGUGCGGCAAGGCGUUCAGUCAGUCGUCGAACCUGAUCACGCACAGCCGGAAGCACACCGGAUUCAAGCCGUUCGCGUGCGACCUGUGCGGACGCGCGUUCCAACGCAAGGUCGACCUGCGCAGGCACAAGGAGACGCAGCACACCGAGAUUAGGCCGGGCCCGGUGUCCUGAGCCGCGGAUCCGGUGGCCGCUGCUACCGCCACAAUCACUCCCAGCUGCUGUGCCAUCCCUUCAACAAACCAUUAAUAUAUUCCACUUUUAUGUGAGCAGAUUCUAAAAUAGACAUACCACAAUUACGUUGAUAAACUAGGAAAAUAAUGUAUCAUACCGAUGAUUUAACAAGUGAUAAAUUAAUGUGCAGGUGAAUCGUGGAAUAGGUCAACAAAACUAUAUUGAUUCAGAGUGAAGUGUAGGAGGAAUAAACUGUUAACAAGCGAUUUUUCAGUCAUGUGCGAAUAAAUUAUGAGUGCUAGAGAAAUAUGGAUUGAACUUUCUAUGACGAACAAUGCUAAUGUGGAUUAGGCCAAGCUAGGAAGAUACUGUGUUCGUAGAAUGUUGAAGUCAGUUUUUCCUAUUCGAUCUGAAUAGAAUAAUGUUGGAAUUGGAACAAUAUUAUUAUCAAGAUUUUACUAUGAACUAUGGAUAACCUUUUUUGCAAAAACUGUGUUCUUGGAGUAAUUACAUUUUGAGCGAAUAUUGAACACUAGGAGUAAAUUAAUGAUUGAAAACUGACUGUAAAGCUAAUGGGAGAGAAGUAGUAUAUCAAGCUGAAUGAUUCAUUCCGAUCUCAUUCUUGGAGUGGAAGUAGCUGUUACUAAAACUAUUCAUUAUUUGUUUUGAUUGAAUACAGAUUUUUCGUCUAUGAAAAAUAUACCUCAAUGUCCUCAGGUUCAAGAUAUUCUCUUUUCUCUUGAUUCGCUAGAGACCAUAUUAUUUUGAUUUGAUAAUGACCAGUCACAAUCAUACGAGUUCCGUGUCUAGAGCAAGGUUGAUCAAUUGCCGUCUAUUCACCAAAGACUAAGAAGGCUUUGAAUAAAAUUAAGAUAUUGUUCCUUUUUUCUCCUUGAUGUUUACGGACUCAUAGUUUUUUAAAAGAUACCUUCUUGUGCAUCGUUUGCUGUUAUUGGAUGUAAUUGAGAUUCUAGAAUAAAACAGUUCUCCUUAGGUACAAUAUUUUGUAAUACUGACGUUUGCUGGUCGAACUAAACAUGAUACUACCGUUCCAAAAUUCUCGACAAGUUUAUUGUCAAUGAUCUUGAUCUUAAUAAUUGAGCAAUUAUUCGACUGAUGUUCUCUCUGUGUCACUCUUUUCCCAUCGUUGUGUAAUUAUGUACAUAAAAUAUAAUUGAUGUCACCCAAAUGUUUGCUUCUUCCAAUUUUCAUCAACGAUUGCUCUUGGAUUGUUGAUUUGAAGUGAAAAGCUAUAUUAUUAUGUAAAUAUCAUGUUCGAAAAGAGGUAAACGAAGAUCAUGUUUACGAGGAUCUCGUAGAAUAAAACUUCCUUUCUUCCUCAUUUGUUAGGCAAUUGGAAUAUAAAAACCAAAGAACGAUCUUGUCAAUUUUUUAUCUGUUGUAUCAGUGGACUGAAGAGUAUCCAAAUAAUGUAGUUUGGAAUGAAAUCUUUCCAUUAUUAUUGUAGAAUGUUAUUGAAGAUAAUUCGUCAAUUUUAGAAACCUCAUUAUAAUUAUUACCAUUGCUAUUUGUUAUAAAAAGCGCUGAAAUGAUUGCUGUUCGAUGUUUGUCAAUGAAUAAUUCCCAUAUUUGAUUAUAACAAUGAUUGCAUCCUCAUUCUCCUGUUAUAUUGUGUACAAUAUAGUGUUAUUGUUACCAUUAGUCAUUAAUGUCGAAUUUCGUUGUUUUUUAUUGUUUCAUUUACUUUUUGAUCAAAAUGAAUAAUGUGAUGGAUACAUUC